AUAAUAUAUAGCUAUACAACGUGCUCUUAUGGUAUAGCUUUACAACACGCUCUUAUCGAUCUGACGACUGUUCCUUGUGGAUGAUAACCGGACAAUUGAUUAACCACUUCCACAGAGAAUUAUUCUCAACCGGAUCAGUAAACUCUCACACUACCACCACUAUAUACCCAUGGACUCGCUUAUAGCACAGUAUAUAUCCCCUCUCUCUGAGGACCAAUCUGAGAUAGAGGGCUGUGUGGCCAAUGCCAAUCUCACAGAAAAGCUCUCAAAUGCCACAGAAAACCUAAGUGCAUGCUGCGAGAAAGGUGUACUGUGCUGUUCACGAUGUUUGACCAACUUUCGGUACAGACACGAGACCCUCCCGUUGGUAGGUAGAGUGUGCGCCAAUACCCCUGACAGCGGACAGGUACGGACUACUAGAGGAGGGGCGUGUACACCCACACAGACACUCGCAUACAUCCAAGCCAUGGAUGACUUAGACGAGGAUGUCGAGGGGAUGGCACAUAAUAGAGACAACGCAUAUAAUGAUGCGAAUGUGCUAAUCUCAGACGACACAAGUGCAAGCUCCUCAGAUUACGAAGGAUCUCAGGUCAGUGACAGUCACGUCAUGUGCUUUUCCGGGCUCAGUGAGGCUGUAGAAAGCAUAGGCAGAACUCUGAAUACACAUACACAAAUAUACACAGCUACUAAUACUGGAAUGAAAGAAUGUACAAGUAUGCCUGGCCGUGAAGAAGACACAUCCGAUACGAAAGUGGAUGUGACUUUAUUCUGCGCGCAACUCAUUGCCCUUGUGAAGACCGGUUGGAAACCAAUGGGUACUAUUAUAUGCGAGGAAGAAAAUCUCGGAGACGCCAUAAGAGAAUGUGGAGUGUACGUUCUCAUAGAUGCGUUGUAUCUGGAGGGGCAUUGGCACUAUGUGUUUGCUGCUGAUGCCGAUAUGAUGCUAGGGGAUCUGUGCAGUAUCGAGGAAGUGUAUCGGAUCUGUGGCAUCCACAUGGUAGACAAGAGCCUGCGUGCGUAUGCUUCGGAUAUAAUAUUAGGCGAUCAUACACAGAGAGUUGCCUGUGGAAUCGUAUUAGGGUACCCGGUCGCAUGGUGUUUAGCACAAGGCGUGCGGCUACUGUCAGAA